AUGGCCCGGUACAAGAUCUUCGGCAGCCCGUUUGCCAAGGUCUUCCUGGGGGCGAUCUUCACCUACCAGGUGCUGUACUGGACGUGGCUGAAGUUGGAGAUGGUCGAGUCUAAGGCCGAUAAGAAUAAGGAGGUGGCCGCGCUAGAGCAGAAGGUGAAGGAGUUGACGGCGGGCGCACAGAAGUAA